UUUUUCUGGCCUUGAGUAUACAAGAAAUCCAUGCUGACCAGGAGAUGAUUGACAAGAUCUCAACUGUUGGCCAGUUGAUGCAGUGCUCUGCUUCAUUAGAUGUCCUUUUCCUCUUGGAUGGCUCCUACAGCAUUGGCAAAGGAAGCUUUGAAAGGUCUAAGCACUUUGCAGGCAAGCUCUGUGAUGCCUUGGACAUCCAUCCAGACAGGGUCCGUGUGGGAAUUAUACAGUUUAGCUCAUCUCCCCACCUCGAAUUUCCACUGGAUUUGUAUCUAACCAAACAAGAAGUGAAAGAGAGAAUCAAGAGUAUUGUGUUCAGAGGUGGGAGCACAGAGACAGGUCGGGCUCUGAAGUACAUUCUGCGCAAGGGGUUCCCUGGUGGCAGGAACUCCAGUGUCCCUGAAGUCCUGAUCAUCAUUUCGGAUGGGAAGUCCCAGGGCAGUGCUGCAGUGCCUGCAGUGCAGGUGAAGCAGAGGCACGUCACCGUUUUUACAGUGGGCAUCAAGUUUCCAAGGUGGGAGGAGCUGCAUGUGCUGGCUAGUGAGCCCACCGAGCAGCACGUCCUCUUUGCUGGGGAUGCCAACGAUGCUGCCAACGGCCUGUACAGCACCCUCACUGGCUCUGUCUGCAGCACCAGCACUCCAGGCUGCAAAGUUGAAUCCCACCCUUGUGAACGCAGGACCCUGGAGACUGUGAAAGAACUGGCUGGGAAUUAUGUGUGUUGGAAAGGCUCAAAGCAGCCAAAUGCAGUGCAGGCUUCUCUCUGCCCUUUCUACAGAUGGAAGAGAGUGCUGAUAAAACACCCAUCCAGAUGCUUCCGAACUGUGUGUCCAGACCCCUGUGACUCCCAGCCGUGCCAGAACGGGGGCACGUGUGUCGCAGAGGGACUGGAGCAGUACCACUGCCUCUGCCCCCUGGGCUAUGGAGGAGACGUCCGCUGCG